AUGAAUACAUAUUUUUUAAUAAGAUCAAUAAUUUAUUUAAAUACGAUAUGUAUUAUAAUUGCUCAAAGCAAACAUUAUGAUCAUAAUACAUUAAAAUUUCAUGAUAUCAAUGAUCCAAUAAUUGAUCAAGUAGAAUUGGUACUUAAUUCAACAGAUAAUGAACGUAUUUUCUAUUGUUCUAGUCGAAUUGAAUUCGAUAAGCAACGUGAUAAAUUAGUGGCUUCAAUUGAUAAUCCAGUUUUAACUUCUCCAUCAUUUCAAUUAAAAACUGAACAAGCUAAUUCUACUACUAUACGUAUUCGUAUUAUACCAAAUGGUUAUAUCGGUGUUAAUCGCAUUAGUUGUCAUUGGAAUAAAAGUAUUACCGAUGGUCAACCGGUGGAUCUUAUAAUUGGAGAACAACCUGGUCGUAUUCAACUAAAAGAAUCUUGUCAAGCACAUGAUCGUCGUUAUGUUCAAUGUAUAUUUAAUGCACCAACAAUUUCACGUGCUUUUCGAAAUGGUUUUCCUCGACUUUAUGAAUUUUCAGAAUUUAGUUCUAAAACAGAAUAUCGUCAUCCACCAGAACUCGUUAAUAUUACUAAUGAAAAUGAACUUGUUUUCAAUUUUGUACCUAGUGAAAAAAAUCGAAUUCCAAAAAAAAUUUCUGUGGGUGUAAACAUGACAUUAAGACGUUUUGGUUCAGCUUAUUACAGAUUUCAUAUUGAACCUAUACAUACAACGAAAGUUGAUUUUCGAAUAGAAAAUAUCUCAAGUAAUCAUUUAACUAUUGUGAUUAAUCAUAAUAAUACAGGAACGAUAAGGGAACGUUUAUGUUCUGGACAUGUUAAUCAAGUAGAUAAUCAAAAUACAUUAAUAGCAGUUCAAGAUAUUGUGGAAAUAUCAGAUCGAAAGAUUGCGAUUGAUCGUCUUCGUCCAUCAACAAAAUAUACAAUUUGUCUUUAUUGUUAUUAUGAACGGACUGAUCAAUCAUUUAAAAAAGAAAUAUGUCAUACAAUUAACACUAAAGAAACCAAUAAAUCUUUUUUAUGGAUUGGUAGAUUUAUCAUGAUUGGUGUAGUUAUCAUAUUGUGUUUGAUCAUAUAUGUCGUUUAUAAGAAUAAAUUUUGUGCUGAAAAUAUUUCACCAAUAUCUAGUUUAUGUGGAAAACGACCUCUUAAUUCUAGCACAAAAGUUUUGACUGACAAAAGAGAGGACAUACGACAUUCAUCCCCUACACAUUUCGAUGAUAACCGUUAUACUUCUCAGCCAAAUGUGCAAGAAAUAGAUCAUCUUUUAAUACCAAAUUCUGAUACUUCAUCAACACAACCGAGCGAUGGUUUAAUUGAUGCUGGAGAUGAUCGAUCAUUAGAAGAAAAAUAUCAACGUAUAGACAAUAUUAUGGAACAUAUGACAGAUAAAAAUUUAGUAUCACCGGAUACAAUUGAUCUUUCAAAUCAAAAAAAUGUAUAA